AUGAAGCCAUCUACAAGUAUCCUCGCCGCGAUUCUGGCGGCUGCAGUGGCGGCCCAGGUCCAACCAGCUGGUGUGACUAGGCCAAUAGUGGAACAUUGCGGUUCCAAUGGGGGCGUUGUCUGUGUCAACAAAUAUAGCGCAGUGUUGCCGUAUCACUUCAACCGGUCAAUCUCGAAUAACCAAGCUGACUACGACUACCGUAAUACUAGUGUUGGCAACGCGUCAACCUUCGACCUCCUCAAGACCGCUGAUUUUGUUGUCUUUGAUCGUCAACGAGGCUUGCAAUACCUAGGCGAUAAUCCAAGCUAUGAGUUUAUGUUCUCGGUUUCCAGUGCCGUCCACGAGGCGCCAAUAUAUGCUCCAAAGCAGAACCUCCUUUUCAUCUCUCAGCUGGCACCACCCACAGGCGUCUUGCCUCAGCUCCUAGUUGAUCUUAACCAAGACCCUCCAACCUUGAGCAACUACACUCCUAACCCUCCGAUCUACGCGCCAAAUGGCGGCACUUUCCGCAACGGCCAGCUUCUCUUUGCGGCUAGUGGAGGCAAUGAUAGUCUGGGAGGAAUCGAGCAAAGAGUCUCGCUGCGUACAGUGGACCCUGCUACAAAUCAGUCGACAGUGCUGUUGAACAAUUACUUCGGUUUCUACUUCAACAAUAUGGACGAUGUAGUGGUCCAUCCAACAUCAAGAGAUAUCUUCUUCACGGAUCCUGACUACAGCUAUUUCAAUGGACUGACAGACACUGCGCCGCAAUUGCCCGCCGCAAGCUAUCGAUUUGAUCCAGAAAGCGGUGCGGUAUUCCUCAUUGAUGAUACGAUUCAACAACCCAAUGGUAUCGCCUUCAGUCCUGAUGGGAGCACGUUGUACAUCUCGGAUACUGGCGCUGUCUACGGCGCCAUCGCUCCUGGCUACCGAGGUCAGGGUACAACGUUCAAUACCACGGGCAAGCGAACCAUUUACGCGUUCGAUGUUGCCAAUAACGGCACACGAGUUUCAAAUAAGCGUGCUUUCUAUCUUGCUCAAGACUGGGUCCCUGAUGGAUUGAAGGUCAGCCGAGAAGGUCUCGUGCUCACUGGCUCCGGGCAUGGCGUCGACGUGCUAGACGACGUCGGACAGCUUCUCAUUCGCAUCCAGACUAAUUACACUGUCCAAAAUUUUGCCUGGACAGGCGAGAAUCUGACUACCCUUUGGCUCAUGGGCAAUUAUGGGAUCAGUAAAGUCGAGUGGAAUAUCACGGGACAAACCUUGGUUUGA